GGGGGGGUUUUCUUUUGUGUUAUAAAAACAGAAGAAAUACAGUAGGUUGGGUCGGCCCCUCUUUCUUUCUUUCUCUCUCACAGUCACACAGAGAGCAUCCAGCUUCUUCUUUGUCUUUCAUAACUCUCAAAGCAAGAAAGAAAAAAAAAAAACAUUGAGCAGAGAGGAUCAGAUCCAAGGCGGUUAAUAAUCAGUUCAUCAAUCCAAAACCUCCCCCCAUAUAUUAAUAUAUAUAAAGAGAAGAAGAGGAAUUCCCCCCACCCAACCUUCCCAUCCCAUACAUCCUUUGCCUUCGAUCAGUCAAUCUAUCGAUCAAUCAAAUCAAAAAAACCCUUAGCAAACAAAAAACACACACAUUUUCCUCUCUCACUUUAUCAGAAGAAAGAAAAAAGCUUAGCAGAAAAAGAAAAAAAUGUCGUCUUCAUCUGCUUUUGCACCGGACCACCACCACCACAGCCUUGCUCCCACUACGGAGCAGCUCUGUUACGUCCAUUGCAACUUCUGUGACACUGUCCUCGCGGUGAGUGUUCCUUGCACAAGUUUGUUCAAGAUGGUAACUGUUCGAUGUGGGCAUUGCACCAACCUUCUGUCUGUCAACUUGAGGGCUCUCCUCCUUCCCUCCCCUAAUCAGCUUCAUCUUGGUCACUCUUUCUUUUCUCCUCACAAUCUCCUGGAGGAACUGAGGAAUGCACCUUCCAAUUUGCUGAUGAAUCAGGCAAACCCAAAUCAUGAAUCCCUCCUGCCGGUUCGAGUUGAUGACCUUCCUAAACCACCUGUUGCUAACAGACCCCCGGAGAAGCGACAGAGAGUGCCAUCUGCUUACAACCGGUUCAUCAAGGACGAGAUCCAACGUAUCAAAGCUGGAAACCCUGAUAUAAGCCACAGGGAGGCCUUCAGCGCUGCAGCAAAAAAUGUAAGAUCCAAGAAUUCGAAAAAAGAGAAAGUGGGAAACAACAAUAUUAUUAUUGUCAUAUACUACACGUAUAGCUAGCUCCAUAGGGUUUUCCAUGGUUUUGAGUUCUUCAUUUCUUUUUUUCUUGUGUUGUGUGGAAUAAAUGGUGUCUGAUUUGUGGGUUCAUUUUUGUUUUGUUCCUCAGUGGGCCCACUUCCCACACAUUCACUUCGGACUGAUGCCUGAUCAACCCGUGAAGAAAUCCAAUGUGUGUCAACAGGUGAUCACCCAAAGCACAUGAAAACCCUAAUUUGGAAUUUUCUUUAAUUACAAACUUCUUUUUUGCAGUGCUUUGCAUGCAUUGAAACAGUUUUUAUCUUUUGACACUUCCAAAAUAUCUCUAUUCUUCAAGUUGCAUAGAUAAUCGCGCAUUAGCAUACAAAAUCUCAAUUCCUUUUGCAGAAUAAGAAAAAAAAAAAAGAGAGUUUGACUAAAUUAGAUACGAUUAAGAUCUUCCUUUGUCUUCCUCUUCUUUUUCUUUUUGUGGUUUAGGAAGGAGCUGAGGAUGUGCUGAUGAAAGAUGGAUUUCUGGCUCCUGCAAAUGUUGGGAUCUCUCCUUAUUAAGCAAGAAAGAUGGAAGAAAGAGCUCUAGUACUAUGAAUUAAUGCAUGGUUUUUUUGCACUAUUGUUAUUAGUAGUAAUCUACUAUGGCCUAGUAAUUCUGUCCUUAAGUAAUAUUAGUCGUGUAAGUUUAGGGUUUGAUCAAGUUGUGACGUCGUCUCUUCAAGAAGGUUGAUGAUUUCAAAGGUUUCAAAUCAAGAGUUUAGUAAUCAGUUUCAGUUUAUAAGGGAGUUAGGGAGAUGAUUUUGAUUUCAGUGUGUGUCGAAUUCUCAGUAAAUCUCUCUUGAAAACCCCUCAUCAUGUCAAAGUGGUCCUUAAUUUGUGUUAAUAACUUUGUGAUGAAGUUUGUCAUCAUCGGUUCAUAUUUGCUUAAUUAAUUAUUCCAAAUUCGUCUCC